CUGAACGUCACUUGAAGCAGGCGGAGUGAGAGGAGCAGGUUGCGAAGAACAGGAGGAUUUUAUACAUUUAAAUAUAAGUGGUUGCAUACUGUGACCGGACCUAACACGCAAGCUGGAAGGGCUCAGCGCAGCCUGGGUGCCCAGGGAUCCUCUGCCUGAGUGCAGGGAGAGCAGCGAGCGCCCCCCCGGAGUCAUGGACCACACCAAGGGGGGCCUCGUCAUCUUCAGCGCCAACUCACAUCCCACCAGCAGGGAGCUGUGCAAGAGGAUCUCAGAGCGGUUAGGGGUGGAGCUCGGUAAAGUGCAGGUGUACCAGGAAGCUAACAGAGAAACACGCGUGCAGAUCCAGGAGUCGGUGCGAGGGAAAGAUGUGUUUGUGAUCCAGACGAUGUCCAAGGAUGUGAACACAACCAUCAUGGAGAUGUUGAUCCUGGUGUAUGCCUGCAGGACCUCUUGUGCUCGCAGCAUCACGGGCGUUCUGCCUUAUUUCCCCUACAGCAAGCAGUGCAAGAUGAGGAAGAGGGGCUCCAUCGUGACCAAACUCGUCGCCUCCAUGAUGUGUAAAGCUGGUCUGACCCACCUGAUCACCAUGGAUCUGCAUCAGAAGGAGAUCCAGGGCUUCUUCAACAUCCCUGUAGACAAUCUGAGAGCCUCUCCCUUCCUGCUGCAGUACAUCCAGGAGGAGAUCCCGGACUACAGAAAUGCUGUGAUCGUGGCCAAAUCUCCAGCUUCUGCCAAAAGGGCUCAGUCGUUUGCAGAGCGUCUGCGUCUCGGCCUCGCUGUGAUCCACGGAGAGGCUCAGGACGCCGAGUCGGACCAGGUGGACGGACGCCACUCCCCCCCCACCGUGAAGACCACCGGCGCCAUACACCCCAGCAUGGACAUCCCACUGUUGAUCCCUAAAGAGAAACCCCCCAUCACGGUGGUGGGAGACGUAGGAGGACGCAUCGCCAUCAUCGUGGAUGACAUCAUCGAUGACGUGGACAGCUUCGUGGCGGCGGCAGAGACGCUGAAGGAGAGAGGAGCGUACAAGAUCUUCGUCAUGGCGACACACGGCAUCCUCUCCUCCGACGCCCCGCGCCUCAUCGAGGAGUCGGCCAUCGACGAGGUGGUCGUCACCAACACGAUCCCCCACGAGCUGCAGAAGCUCCAGUGUCAAAAGAUCAAAACGGUCGACAUCAGCAUGAUCCUAUCGGAGGCCAUCAGGAGGAUCCACAACGGAGAGUCCAUGUCCUAUCUGUUCCGAAACAUAGGAGUGGACGACUGAGACACACACACACGCACACGGACACGGAGAGACAGACACACACAGAGAUGCACACACACACACAUGCACAGAAACACACACACAGAGACAUACAGGCCAUUUGCCUUUUCAGAUCUGAUCAGAGCUGAAUGUCAAACACUGAAAUGAACUACACACACUUCCUGCUUUUAUCAUAAUUUAAUAAAUGCUAACACUUUUCUUGAGUGCAGCUUAAAGGGAUAGUUUCGGAGGUCUUAAGUGGGGAUGUAAGGAGAAGUCUUCCAUUAUCAGUGAAUCACUUACAGAAGGUAAUUGUCAAAAAACAGCAGGAGUUUGGAGAAACAAUCAGGAAUACUAGCAAAGCAAUUCUCUGCAACACUUAUUGUAGCUUACUUUAAGGAAAAACCCAUCUAAAAAAAUGAAUAUCAGCCAAACUGUACGCUUUAUUUGGAAUAUAUAUAUAUAAUAUAAAUACCUCACCCAACCCCACUUUAAAACACUCAAACUAUCCUUUUUAAUUUAGAAACUGACUGAACACACACUGAUCCGUGUCCUUAAUGGAUUACUGCCUCUCUCUACACACCUCAGUUUUUUACUCUUGUCUCUUUCUGACUCACAUAUCCAUCUCCAUGUGUUUCAAUAGACGUUAAUGUGAUAUCUGUUAGCAUUGAAUGUCUCUUUGCAGUACAGUCUCCUUUUAUUAAUAGCAUCAGAAAGAGUGCCAGUGCCUUCUACAGGACACACACACACACACACACAGGCCUUCACACUCAUAAUUAAUCCAGACAUAAUCAGGUGUUCCAGCUAAUUAACUCCAGCGUAUCAGAGUGCAUGCUGUUGUUUAUUUAUGUGGUGUCUGAAUGUGCCACUAAUAUGAUUAGCUUAGCCUGCUAGCAGCUAACCGUAGCACGUAGAUGCUAACCUGGUGUCAAAUCUCAUUGCUAACUGGAAUUAACACGGGAAAUGUUUUUAUUUUAGUGAAUAAUAUCUGUUACAUAUAUCAUUGUGUGCCAUCAUUUCAAUACCUGCUUAUGUUUUAUAUUUAAUGCCACAAAUGAGCAGCUGGAAGUUGAAGAAACGUAGAAAAUAGAGCAUUUUUGAAGCAGUUUUUACGCUCCGGGUAGAAGUGUGAGGUCAAUUGGUCGUGUGAUGAAUCCUGAAGAAUAACGGUUGUUCACACACACACACACACACACACACACACACCUCUGGGUGUUCAAAGAGUCCUGAAGCUGGAAGAGUGAGUCAAACUUUUUCUGAUGACUGAAGCAGGUCUUUGUCACUUUACCUGAUGUGUUCCCAAAAAUGUUUUGUAUUUAUUUUCAACACUUAAUACGAAUAAAUAUGACCGAAGAAAGUAAAGUC